GCGAAUGCCCUUUGGGCUCAAGAACGCCGCUCAAUUAUUUCAGAGGAACAUCCAUUUGGUGUUCAAGGACUUCGACUUCCUCUUCGUCUACAUGGACGACUUAAUCAUCUUCAGCUCAUCACUGUCAGACCAUAUUUCACACAUUCAACAAGUCUUGAGUAG